AGAUAUGUCGUUUCAACUGCAAGACCUCGUAAGUGACAAAUAUUAAAGAUAGGGAAAGAGGAAGAAUCUGCACUGCAAAUCUUUAAAACCCUAACCCUAGUUUGAAUUUCCUCACACGGAUGCCCCACUCUCUGCAAUUCUUCUUCCCUGUAUAUUCUUUCAAACCUUCUACAAGGAGCUCAAGCAGGAGUGGUUCCAAUGCUCGACUUCUCUGCUCCUCUGAACAAUCCAAUGCUCGAGGAGGAGGAGCAGAAGAAGAGGUUCGUGAGAGAAGAGUUCAAGGGCCAACGGAUGUGGUUUUGGUAGAGAGAUAUGGCAAUGGUACUGCAAAGAGGUAUGUGCUGGGCAGUGAUUCCCGAAUACAGACUUUCUUGGAGGAGCAUGAACCUGUUAAAAAUGAGUUACAAGAAUCACAACCCUCUGAUGCGGAGUUAUCAUGGCUUCCUCAUGUCCUAAAGGAUUUUAUCUUACCUGCAGGAUUUCCAGAAUCAGUUUCAGAUGAUUACUUGGAAUACAUGCUAUUGCAGUUCCCAACAAAUGUUACUGGUUGGAUCUGCCACACAUUAGUGACAUCAAGUCUCCUAAAGGCUGUAGGUGUAGGAUCUUUUUCAGGAACCACUGCUGCUGCCUCUGCUGCUGCCAUCAGAUGGGUGUCAAAAGAUGGAAUCGGUGCCAUUGGACGCCUAUUCAUUGGUGGGCGGUAUGGAAAUCUCUUUGAUGAUGACCCAAAACAGUGGCGCAUGUAUGCAGACUUCAUUGGAAGUGCUGGAAGUAUCUUUGAGCUCAGUACACAAUUGUAUCCAGCAUAUUUCCUUCCUCUUGCAUCUCUUGGAAACCUUGCCAAGGCUGUAGCAAGAGGACUCAAAGACCCUUCAUUUCGUGUUAUUCAAAAUCAUUUUGCCAUUGCAGGAAAUCUAGGAGAGGUUGCAGCAAAGGAGGAAGUUUGGGAAGUGGCAGCUCAACUGCUUGGUCUUGCUAUUGGAAUAUUGGUCUUGGAUACACCUGGCUUUGUAACAUCAUAUUCUACAUUGGCAUUAACAUGGUUGAGCAUUAGACUGCUGCACCUUUGGUUACGUUACCAGUCACUUACCACUCUAAGAUUUAACACAAUAAAUCUCAAGCGAGCUCGUAUGCUUGUAAAUUCACACAUUCUGCAUUCCACUGUUCCAGGAUAUAUUGAAUGUAAUAGGAAGGAAAAUAUUUUAUCCUGGCAAAGAUUCAUGAAGCCACACAUUACCUUUGGUGUUUCUUUGGAGGAAAUGCUUGGUGGGGAGAGAUCUAGUUACAUGGCCAAGGCCCUUUUGAAGUUAUAUGCAAGGGAGAAAUAUAUUCUUGCCAUGAACCAAAACCAACAGAGAGACAUUGAGGUUUUUGUAUCAUUCAAGGUUGGAGCCACAAGUCUAUCAGUCUUGAGAAGCAUAUGGCAGACAUAUUGGCUCUGUGAGCACUUGCGUGCAUCAGGUGAUGCAUUUCAUCAGCUUGAGCAAAGUCUCCUGGCGUUGGAACAGAGGUUUGAAAAUUUCCUUAAACAGUUGGAGGGAGCCGGAUGGGAUGUCCACCACAUAAAACUUAAAGUUCCUAGGGAACUGCUCAUUGAAGAAGUGGGUUCCACUGAAUUCUCCAUUAACCAUUGAUUGGACUAUGUUUUCCAUUCUUUGAAUGAUCUUGUCUCCCAUACAACCCCAGAGUACGGUUGGUAGA